AUGGCGACUUUGGAUACAGCUCGCAACUAUAACCCGACAUUCUUAGGCUUGGGUACACAACUUGGUAUCGCCGCGUCUAUAUCAUUUUAUUGUUUAUUACAAUUUGAAUGGAACCGAAGAAAGAAAUCUAUGCAAUACUUGUACACGCCACGAGUUCGAUUGGCAAAGAAUCCGUCACCUCCAAUCCCGGAAGGUCUCUUCUCUUGGAUUCCAGCAACAUUGUUUUUACCAGAAAAAUUCUUUCUAACGCAUGUCGGCUUAGACGCAGUAAUGUAUAUUCGAUUUCUUAGGAUGGCAGUCAUAUUCUUAGCUUUCAAUGUAGUGGUAGUAGGGGCAAUCCUAUUACCAUUAAAUUACUACGGUGGAGCUGAUAUGCAAGGUGUCGAAGUGCUAUCAAUCAACAACGUCGCUGGGGUGAACGGAAAUUAUUUAUGGGCACACGCAAUCUGCACAUACAUUAUCAGCGUAAGCUGGAUGUAUUUACUGUAUCAGAAUUACUUUGAUUUUGUGAGAAUGCGCAAGGAGCAUUACAAGAACAAGGUAACAUCGGGAUCAGUGAGUGUACGAACAGUGAUGGUGUCUAGAAUACCCGAAGAUAUGCGAUCGGAAGAUAAGCUGAAAGGAUAUUUUGAAUCACUUGGACUAGCACCAGUAGAAUCGGCAAGAAUUGUAAGACAUACCGGAAAACUGAAUAGAAAAAUUGCCAGGAGAGAAGAUGCCUUGCUUGCGCUAGAAAAAUCACAUAUACUAUUAGCAAAGAAUGUCAUUGCUGCCACUGACAUGGGAGGAUUGUUGGGUUUCGGAAAUCUUUUUCAAUCGUUUUCAUUCCGUAAAUCGAAAAGAGAAAGGAUACCUACCGAUAUUGAGGGUCAUGAUGUGCUAGAUCGUCAGUUACUGCAGUCGGUGGCUAAUUGGAUGAGAUAUCGUAAGAAGUCUGGUAACGACGCUUCUACCGAAAAUUCGAUUUCACGUCAGUCCCCUACUGUGCAGGUUUUGGGGCAUGAGGAUUGUCGUGGUACCGUCUGGGAAAUCCUUAUUCAAACCCCAAAGACUGUGCUAGACAAGUACCAACCUGCUCAUUGGCCCGGUUAUCUUACUACUGAUAAACGAGUACGGUCGAUUGAUCAUUAUUUGAAAGAGUUUAAUCAUCUCGACAGGCGUAUUGCCGAAUUAAGAGCGAGAAACAUUACAGAAGCCCCUUACAGGCCUACCUCUACGGGGUUUGUUACUUUUAAAUUACACACUACUGCCGCUAUGGCUGCUCAGAGUAUUGCGUGUUCACGUCCACAUACGCUUACUACAAAGAUGGCGCCGGAGCCCAGAGACAUUUUAUGGGAUAAUCUGACGAAAAGAUUCAACAAUCAAAUGUUAAGAUACUUUGUGGUCAACCUUUUUGUUUGGGCGUUGACUAUAUUCUGGCUAUUUCCAAUUUUCGCCAUCUUAACUCUCACGUCUAUAGAUUCAUUAUCAAAACGCAUUUCUAUACUUGGACCUUUCCUCGAGGCUUCUCCGUUAAUUAGGACACUUUUGCAGAACGUGUUACCUACUGUACUUGUCUCUAUAUUCAUGGGUAUAUUGCCGUGGAUAUUAAUGGAGAUAUCAAAGAGAGAAGCGCUUACUAGCUAUUCUAAACUGGAAGAGACUGUGUUGAAGAGAUACUACUACUUUUCAUUCUUCAACGUCUUUCUCGUGUUCUUAUUGGGUAUUACCUUCUUAGAGUCAAUAUUCGAUAUUAUAAACACACCAACAAGCAUCAUUCAAAUCUUGGCAAAAAGUUUACCGCAGGGAGCAACAUUUUUUAUAAACUAUGUUAUUUUUAAUACAUGUACCCACGGAUUAGAACUGCUCCAAGUCGGCUCUCAGAUAUUUCUUCACAUUAUACUCACCACUCGCUUUGUUGCAUCGACACCGCGAAUGUUACAACGCGUGACAUCCCCAUGGAACUUCCAAUUCUAUUAUUAUUACCCUAUGCACAUACUCGUACUAGUAAUUACCAUCACAUACUCAACUAUCAAUCCAUUAAUCCUCUGCUUUUCCCUCGUAUAUUAUAGCAUAGCCUAUGUAAUAUUCAAGCAUCAAUUCGCAUAUUGCUAUGUCAAACGAUAUGAGGCAGCCGGCAAAUUCUAUCGACUCGUAUUCCGGUAUACAACUGACGGUUUAAUCAUAUAUCAAUUGACUGUACUAGGCUUAAUAUGGCUACGUGGUGCUAUCGCCCCCGGUGCUUUCUUGGUACCUUCGAUUGUGGGAACAUUCUAUUUCAAAUACUAUUGCCAUAAAACGUUCUAUUCAAGGACGCAUUAUUUGGCACUAGACACUAUACUUGAUUUUAAUGAGGAUAACUCACAAAGUCAAAGUGGAAAUCGCGCGAGUAGCAGCAGCCAACUGGACUAUCAAGGCAAUGGCGAUAGAAGUGAGAAAAAGGAUCCAUCGGCAAUAAUACCGUCGACUUCUCAAUAUGAUAAGACUGGAUCGGAUUCACGGAAAGCUCCCGAACUCACAGCAUCGUGUAAACCGGAAGAACCAUCUCAAGCAAUUUCUUCAUCUACAUCCGAGAAAAAUGUCUUGUUCGUUGAAACUACAAACAUAGAAAGAAGACGAAUGCCUCGCAGAAGCAAUUCAUAUAUUAGUAGAAAUCGUCUACUUACUGCUCACGAUCCAAGUCGUCAGUGCAUAAAUGAUGAUUGUUCACAGUACCAAACAUAUCUUCAUCCCAAUCUCGUGAAGGCACUGAAUCGUAAGCUAUGGCUUCCAAUCGAUCCUCUUAAACAGAUCACGGUAUCGGAUACGAUUGAACUUGAUCGAGCAAUAACCUCCAGUGAAUGUGGUAUUAGCACUGUUGGAUACUGGGGCGGAGUGUCAGGAUUCCUAGGCGAGGCGUUGAUCAGUCCUAACGAUACGAAUACAAAUCCCAUAUUUCCGUUCACCGAGCGCGCGAGCAUAGUUGAAUGUCAACGUCAAACAACAGGACAAGGAAAUGAUGCCAGUGAUUGCGAGAUUGAAGUACUGUGUGAUACAGAGGUUCCGGAGCUAUCGGAAUGUGAAGGAAGCAUGAGUGUUUCAAGCGGGGAUUUGUCAAGUGGAGAAGAGUUUUGA